AUGUUGAGAAUUUGCAGCAGAGCUCUGAUAAAGAUGGGGAUGGUGAGGCCCUUUCACUUGGUGAAACCUGUAUCAGCGACCCUAGUUCCUGGCAGAAACCUGUCCCAGCAGAAGGGACUGCCCAGUCAGCCUGUCCCCCCUCUGCAGCAGACCUGUGACCACUACCUUAGCUACCUGGAGCCCAUGUUGGAGGAGGACGAGUUGAAGCAAUCUAAAAAACUGGUGGAAGAGUUUCGGAAAGCAGGAGGAGUCGGAGAAAGACUGCAGAGAAGCCUUGAGAUGAAAGCAUGCAACACUGAGAACUGGUUUACAGAGGAUUUUGUGAAGGGUGAAUUUCUCGGUGCGCGGAAGCCUUUGGCAGGUUUUUCAAACCCUGGGGGACUCUUUCCCAAAGCAGACUACAGAGACAAAAAGGGACAAAUAAGGUUUGCUGCCAAAUUCAUAGCAGGUGGAAUGGAAUUAAAGACAAUGAUUGACAAUGAGACACUACCAGAUGAGUACAUGAGAGGGAAGCCGCUGUGUAUGAAGCAGUUUGAGCAGCUGUUUUCAUCCUGUCGUAUCCCUGAUCUGAAGAUGGACACCUUUGAGCAAUACACCGACAAACACAUCACUGUAGUACACAACGGUCAGUUCUUUGUGAUGGAAGCAUACAACAGUGAUGGGAGUCCACUAACAAUUGAUCAGCUCUGUGUUCAGCUGGAGAGGAUCUGCAACUCCUCACUACAGACCGACAUGGAGCCUGUUGGGAUCCUCACCACCCAGCAGCGUGACAGCUGGAGCAAAACCUACAACAACCUCAUCAAGGAUGAGACCAACAAAGAGUCAGUGUUGGCUAUCCAAAGCAGCAUCUUUACAGUGUGUUUGGAUGGAGCGAUGCCCUCAGUAUCUGAUGACAAGUAUCGUGACAGAGCUUUUCGUCAGAUGCUGCAUGGAGGAGGCAGCCAGUGGAACAGUGGAAACCGCUGGUUUGACAAGGGUCUUCAGUUAAUUAUUGGAGAACACGGGACAUAUGGUGCAAACUUCUCAUGUGCCGCUGCUGAUGGUGUCGUCCACAUGUCCGUGUCUGCCCAUUUAGUAGCAGGCGUAAAAAAGCCAGAGGUGCAGAUGCAGUCCCCAAUGGAGCCUUUACCUGUGCCCCAGAAAUUACACUUCAACCUCACACCUGAGAUCAAGAAGGACAUUGAGGAGGCCAAGCAGCACAUGGACACACUGGCCCAAAACGUGGAUCUGAGCUUUACGGAAUUUGACCACUUUGGGAAAAACUUCAUAAAGGCCCACAAGAUCCGCCCCAAUGCUUUCAUACAGAUGGCACUAAAGCUGGCCUACUACAGGAUGUACCAGCGGAUCUGUCCAUCACUGGAAUAUGUCUCCCUGCGUGCAUUCAAACUAGGACGUAUAAGUAUGAUGAAUUCAAACUCGCCUGCCUCAGCUGCCUUUGUUAAGGCCUUUGAUAAUCCCAAAAUACAGAACCCAGAGAAGGCUGAUUUAUUGGAGAAAGCUAUAAAGGAACAUGCAUGGUACACUGACAUGGCAUUUAGAGGCCAGGACAUUUACUGCCACCUCUACGGUCUACAGAAGCAGGCUUUAAAAGAGAAGAUCCCCAUGCCUGACAUCUUCACAGACACCUCCUAUGAUAAAUUCUUUGACUGCAAACUCGGUUCAAGUUAUAUUUCCAAAAAGUCUGGAUGUUUGCCAUGUUUUGGCCCUGAGGUACCUGAACAAUACGAUGUGCUGUACACUUUUACGGACAAUCAAAUUGAGUUUACGGUAGCCACUUUUAAAUCUCCCAGCACCUGUGAAGAAAAAAAUGCAUCACAACUAGCCCGAGCUGUGGAGAAUGCACUGUUGGACUUAAAGAUUCUGCUGGAAAAUACUUCAACAAGCUAAUCCAGGUUCAAAGCAGUAAUAAGCAGACUACCAUCUACUUGGAGCAGCAUCUUCCUGAAGUCUUGUCAUAACCAUGAUGUUGCCUACGGAUGAGUAUUGUUAAGAUUUUAA